CUUGACUUGUCAGAGGCGCAUUUCGGAGUUUCGCGCGGCCGUGUCACUACACAAGGAUUGUUGGGAAGAAAUACUUUUGAGAAUUACCUUACAGCAACAGGAAUGCCGAGAGCUUUUCUGAUCAAAAGCAGGGCUGCUUGUCCGGCGCCAAAGAAAGAAAAUAUCGACGAACAAACUUCUUYACACGAAAAUGGACAAGCGACAGAAGGCACAUCGAAUUUUACGCAAGAUUCCACUACUGUUGACUGUGUGACAUCAACAAGUUCCCCGGCUCAAGUUACAGCGCCCGACGAGGCUGUGAAGAAAUCCUAUACKUUGAAUUCUCCAACACAUCAUGUGCGCGAAGAUUUUGGAGAUCGUAAACCAUCAAAAACAGCAACGCACUCAACGAGAUAUCCUAUACAAAACAUAACCGAAGCUUCCAAAGCGAGAAAAAGAGCUAAACGAAGUUAUCACGUUGAAGACCAUGAAGUUGUGAAAAAAGUACGCAAAAGUCAUCCAAAGAAAACUACUGUUAAUUACUACGAGACCGAGAAUUUUCACAGCGAGCGAAAUGGCUCACAUAAAGAUGAAGCAAGAUUCGGAAAUUACACGCCUGAAAAGAGACAUUACGCUAAUGAAGCYACUCGUUAUCACCMUCGUGAACUUACCAGCCAAUCUCAAGGGAACUCAAGCGGGAAAAUAUAUUCACAGUCACACGGCAAACAAGACAGGACAUUUGCAUAUCAGAACAACGKYGAAUCACUGGACCGAGGAAAACCUUCAGCCAUUCAACGCGAGAACAAAGACUUUCCCGAUAAAAACACUGGACUUGAAAAUGUAAUGAUCGUCGAAUAUCACUCCGUGAGAUCAAACCGAAGACCAAGUUAYCACGAUGAGAACAACACAGAUCGAACAAAUGUCACGCAACGCUCGUCUCAAGGUUACUACUCGCCGCCACAGAGCUCUCCUGUUGUGACAACAAACUAUGUUCCUGCGUCUMCGGUCACAACAUCUACAGCACCUGUACAGCAAGCUCAGCCACCGAGAGUUUCAGCACAGCCCAUGCCAACCCAGGAAACCGCCAAAAAUGCAGAACAAGAGCCUAAAGUUGUUUACGUCCCAGUCUAUCCCGUGUCUCAAGGACCUAAUGGAGUUAUCUAUGAACCCAUACCUAACGCUACUCCWAUCAUGGCUAAAGAUACUUUACCUGUACAGAAAGUUCAGCAGUCUCCACCACAGCAUGUCCAGGAACAGCCUCGAAUCAUCCAAGCUGUACCACCACCAAGACAGGAAGUAGUCAUGUCACCUCCUUCUCAGCCUGAACAGAAGCCAAGAGUUGAGUACAGACCAUAUGAACCCAUCAUGCCACAGCAGCUAGCAGCARCACCAGCACCGCAGACCUAUCAGCCACACCCACAAGGUCAUGUGAUUAUUCAGCAGCCGCAUUCAGCRUCAGCUACACCCACUACUUAUGCAGUAGCCCAGGUACCACAGUACGCUGUGAGGCCAGCACCACCUUCUCAUCAAUAUCAGCAACAACAGCCACAUCAACAGUCUCCACCACAGCCACAUCAGCACUACCAGGCUCGUCAACCACCAACAUCAGCUCCUCAAACCAUUGUCUACAGAGCUGCUGCACCUAGCUACCAGGAACCACCUCACCACUACUACCCAAGACCACCAACAAUGCAGGGGUACCAGGAGAGAGUCAUUGUACAGCCAGUACAUGGCCCUCCUCGCCCUCCAAUAUCUAUACAGCAGCCUAUGUACCAUCACCAAGAAAGACCUAGYCACACCCAGCAGCCCGCCAGACCCCCUCCACUGCCUUCACAGCCUCAACAUGCAGAGAAACCAGCUCUACCAUCACCCUCCUACCCACAGGAGAGUGCUAACAGACUACUGACGCCACGCUAUACACCUGAUGGUACUAAACAUGAGCAUAAGUUUGUUUAUGCACCACCUCCUGCUGACUUUAUGAACAGUCCUGUCUACAGAGUGCCAACUAACGACGAGAACACACCCAUCUACCAUCACGAGAAAGCAGACCGUCAUCACCACAAAACUGGUUCAAGGAAGCGCAAACCUUCCUACCCAACACAUGCUGUUUUUCAAAMCAAAGCUGAACCUCAGGACAAUCUCCCUAGCCCUGCAGACACCAACUCCAGAACACCAAGUCCUAAAGAAACAGACUUGAGGUGCAACGAGAGACUUGUCAAGUCACCUCAUCARCCAUCACAUCUCAACAAGUCCAGCUUGGUGAUGACUCCCCCUGUAUCUCCUAAUGAUAGAUCUGAGAAUCMAGACACUGUGACUGUUGUAGUUAGAGACCAAGGCAUCCAAGCCAGCCCUCGCAGUGAAAGAGCACUUGAGCAUACUUGCUUYAGAAAAACCAACCAUGCUCGCAGCAACAGCUAUCAGUCUGACAGCUCAGAGGAAGAUUAUAUGGAUKAUGAUAAGAGAAGUGAUAACGAUGAGCAGCACAGCCCUGAAAGCGACAUGUACACUGAAGAUGGAACUCUUGUUGUUCACAUCCCUCACCCAGACAACAACAACAAUGACAGCUCAAACCCCAAGAAACARCGCAGCAAGAAGAGCAGUUACAGAUUCAUGUGUAAAUUCUGYAGCAAAGGAUUUCAAUGGCAUUCUCAUUUAGAAUCACACGAAAGAACUCACACAGGCGAAAAGCCAUUUAAGUGUCCUGAGUGUGAUCGUGCCUUUUGCAGAGCUGAUGGUCUACAAUGUCACAUGCUUGUUCACAACAAGAAACGACCCUACAAGUGCCCUCAUUGYGGGAAAGGAUUUACAGACAAAAUUGUGUUAGAGAAACAUAUUUACUCACACACUGGAGUGAARCCRUUCAAAUGUGAGUAUUGUGGACGUGCGUUUAGUGACUCGCUCUCAAUCGAGAAACACUUGCUAGUUCAUACUGGAACUAAGCCUUACAAGUGCCCUUACUGCGUGCGAUCGUUCAACGAUUCUCAGAUGCUGGUUCGACAUAUUCGAAGUCACACCGGAGAAAAGCCAUUCAAAUGCAAGCAUUGCCCUAUGGCUUUUAGUAAACAAAGUGCUUUGAUUAUUCAUACGCGAGUUCAUACUGGAGAAAAGCCCUACAAAUGCCCGCACUGUGUCAAGUCUUUCUCCAUAUCUGGAAAUCUUCAAAGGCAUAUUCUAAUACACACUGGUGAGAGGCCGUACAAGUGCAGCAAGUGUCCAAAAGCUUUCAACAACCCAAGUCACUUAUCAAGACACAUUUCUAAACUGCAUGCUCCUCAAAAUGGUACCAUGAAGCAACCUGUUAAAUACGAACAAUAUGAACAUUACAGUAGAGAUCAACCCGUAAUGUAAGCUAAUUUAUAACACGAUUUGAUUAUGUUUGUGUUCCUAGAAUUAACUUAAUUUUUCUUUAAUAUCAAUAGUAUAUUUUGCUAUGCUCGAAAUCGUUUUAUAAAGUGAAACACUUCUUUUUGUCUCAAAGCUUUUGAUACAUUAAGUGACGCAUUCGAUAUUUUUUCUGUCGCUAUUUCUUUUCUAACAAAUGUCUUGAUAUUUUGAUACUAAAAUCAUAAUUACAGCUUAGAUAUAGAACUUAGAUAUAUCAAGUGAUUCCAAAAGAUUUUAUAAAUUUKGUAAGGAAUGACAGACUUAGCACCACGUGCAUUGGCACGAAAUCCGCACAGCCAUUUCCCGCCAAUUUUCUUUUAUUAUGAUGAUGAUUAACACCUGGUUCAGACUGCAACGUGCUUUGCAACAUUGUUUGGGUACUGUGGUUUUAAGUCUGUUAAAAUUUCCCACCUCAAAAUGCGAUAUUAACUUACAAAAUCAAGAAAAUGAUUCCACUUGUUCAACCACUUUGGUAGUAUUUAUAAUGUAUUURAGURUUGAUUCAAAGCUUGGUAAAAAUCAUUUAGAUUUUUUUUAUUGUUUGUGAAUGAGUGACCAGCACAUUGAUUGCUUUGAAUUUUGCAAGCAGUAAUGCAGUCAGUCKCGACACGAUAAUUGUAUAUAUUGAAACUGUAAAUAUCAUGAAGGAAGUAUAAUAGUUUGUUUGUAAAUUUGAUAGAAUAUCGAGUGAGCAAGAUWAAUUCAGCAUUAUGCAAAGGCAUAAAAUUGAAGUGAAAAAUAAAAAGUUUCAAGUAAAA